AUGAGCUCCCGCUGGUGGUACAUUUGGUUGCGGAUCGUGCUGGUGGUAUGGUGGCCGACGGUGGCAAGCGGCCGGCGGGAAGCAAAGUUCAACUGCACGCUGACGGCGAACUACUACGACUGCCUGUUCCGGGACGUGAUCAUCCGGAGUGAACCCGAAGCGGACGGUGUGUUUUUCGGCGUGCAAAACUUCAACGACACGAGCAUCGCGUUCCGGGACUCCUCGAUGGUGGUGCUGCCGAAGAAGAUCUUCGAGACGUUCCCAGCGAUUCAGUACCUCUCGAGUGACGGAUGCCACAUCCAGCGGUUGCUUGGGGGAACGUUCGCGAACGCGCAGCGUCUGCAGGAGCUGCAUCUGUACGAUAACCGGCUCACGCGGUUGGCCAAUUUCGUGUUCAACGGUGCGCUACAGCUGGAGAUCCUCUCGCUGUACAACAACACGAUCCGCGAGCUGGAAGAGCACGCCUUCGAUGGCCUCGGACACCUGCGGUUGCUGUACAUGGACGAGAACCGGCUCGAGCGGUUACCGGACGGUGUGUUUUCGGGUCUGGAAGAGCUGCAGAUUCUCGAGCUGCAGCACAACCGCAUCAAGGAGAUCACGGACGAUCAGUUCGUGCUGUGUCCGAUGUUGCGUGAGCUCAACCUAAGCGCAAAUAUGGUCAGCACGUUCAACAUGACGCAGCUGCAGCUGCUAAACAAGCUCGAAACGCUGGACGUGGCACGGAACUACCUCGACGAGGUGUUCGUGACGAAGUACGUGCGCACGCUAAACGCCCAGGAGAACCAGAUCAGCCGCAUCCUGAUGGAUCAGGGCGAUUUUUUCCAGCUCGCGCACCUCAACCUUUCGCGCAACAGCAUCGCAAACAUCAACAACAUCUUCAAGUUUCGCAACCUGAUCGAGCUGGACGUGUCGUACAACGAGCUGGUGACGCUCGAUUUCGUCAUCUUCGCGUUCAUGAAGAACCUGCGGGACAUCAAGCUGAACAACAACCGGCUGUGGGUGCUGGACAAUGGCAUCCCGUCGCCGGCAAAGUCACUGCGCACGCUUAACCUCGCCCACAACAAGUUCCUGUACCUGGAUCUGGCCGUGCUCGACACGUUUCCGGCGCUCGAGUACAUCUACCUGCACGGGAACGAUCUGAUCGACAUGCAGAUCGAGGAGAUCGAGCAAAACUUCCCCUACCUGACGCUUAUCUCCUGCGACAACAACGAUUGGGACUGCAUCAAUCUGAUGCACAUCGUGACGCUGCUCGAGCGGGCGUACGUGAAGUGGUCGAGCGGGAACCGGAACUGCACGCGCCCGGAACAGCAUCGGUACAUUUGCUGCACGUCGGCGGAGCAUCACCUGCGCGAGAAGAUCGUACGGUUGACGCGCGAGAUCUACCGUUCGCGCAAGAUGAUCAAGCAGCUGAUCAUGGAGAAUGCGGAGCUGCGCAGUGAGGUCGAGAUGCAGUAUCUGCCGAGUGAUGGGGCGUAGGUGCGGGGCGGAUCAAGUUUUCCCGGUGGAAAUGACGUAAAGCUGGCAGGCGCGUAGCGGCGUUGUGUGAAAAAAAAAUGCGCUUUUCUUUCUGCGGGGACACAAACAAACACGCGCGUGUUGUGAGUGUGAAGAAAAUUGUAACCUGUUG